GAAAUUUCAAAUCUCUUUCUCUCUCACUCAGAAUCACAAGCCAUCAUGGCAGCCAAAGCAAAAGAAAGGGAUUGUGUUACAAUAAAGAAUGGGAGAAAAGGAAAGAAGCACGUUGCCAACCCCAUCUUAGUACACUCAAAAACUUCACCAAAACCCUCUUCUUCUUCUCCUUCUUCACUCUCUUCACAAAUGAAAAUACUUUGCUCCCUUCCUCCAACUCUCUCUUACUUUCACUUUUCUUUGUUCAUGCAAGAUCCAAAGAACGAUUCAAACUCAAGUUGCAGGAAGCCCUGGUAUCAAAGAGCAAUGGAGGUGACUAGUCUAUGGAAAAGUAUUUCCAAAUCCGCAGAAAUUCCCGCAGGUAAUUCAACCAUAUGGAAGACACCAUCAAUGCCAAAAUCCCCUCAAGUUCCUACACCGAGUGGUAACAAGAACAAGCUAAGAAAAUGUGCCUCCCUGAAGGUUGCAACAUCCUUCACAAGGGUUUGUCUUUGUGCACCUAUGUAUUCAUAUAAUGAGAUUUUGAGAGCUGAAGCACCACCCAGAAGAAGCAAUAGUUACCCAAGAUCAAAGCCAUUGCAAAGUGCACAUGAAAGAAGUCCUAGUGCCAGGCUUAGCACAGAGGGAAGGAGAGUCUUCAGGGGAAAAUCAUUGACCGAUGAUGUUCUAAUGAGAAGGUUUGUGAUUGAGGAAGAGGCAAUGAUGCAAAUAAGAAGAAGAAAUCAAAUGGAAGUUAUUAGGAAGAGGAGUAUGAUUAGAAGAAAGAAGCUUGGGCCUAGUCCUCUUAGUAGAAUGGUUAUGGCAAAUCAUAUUGGACAAUUUUAAUUGAUUGGUCCAAUUCCUAUAGUGCCAAGUCCACUUGGUGAAUUUUGAUUCUCCAUCCCUUCUUUUUUUUUCUUAAUUCCAUUCACUCAACUUUUUCACUUAAUGGGUUAUCUUGCAACAUUUAAUUUUACAU